UCAACAACAAGUCAGGUAGCCAGAUCAGUCAACAACAAGUCAGAUAGCCAGAUCACAGCCAAGUAAACAUUGCAUAUCAAGUCACGGCGGAUAUGUCGAUUAGCAGGCAUACUAUGUGCUGGUACUAUAAUUGUUCAAACUCCAACACAAGUUAACCUCGCAACCAUGGCUCAGUACUUAGCAGUAGCUACAGACAAUAUCCUAACUGAAAGUGAAAGUAGGUCAACAAUGGGCGCGACUGUAACUAUCUUUAGUGUUUAAUGAAGAUGGUAUUUUCCGGUCGUUGAGUUGAGUGCCUCAACGCUUGCUCUAAAUCUAAACGCAUCGCUCGCGUUACGGUUUUGGAAACAAGGAACAUGUCGUUGAUAUUAGCGAGAACUAAUAAAAACAAGGUUCAGUUAUUGCAGCUUUUUACGGGGUUGGGGUUCCCACACGGCCAUAUUUUCAUGUUACAGCGCUUGUUCACGGAAAACAGACGGUAAUUAACAUCUGCAUCUCUGAACACGUGUGUAAGCGGAAGAUGGAUGCCACAAAUGCGUUGUCACUGAAGUACCGUCUGCUGCAAAUGUUAAAACCAUGUACAGUAAAUGUAUUUUGCGUUUGUGAAAUUAUUUUUUGAUACAAUAUGAAAGUAGAGGGCUUCAUGAACCUUAAAGCAAUUGAGAAUUCAUUCGUGUUUAGAUGGCGUUUUUGGCUGCCAAAGGAGCCUAACUUUACUCCUUAAUUGGGCUAGGGUCGACAAUUUGAUCAAACACAUUUGCCCAGUUCAAAAAGGGCCUAUGGUGUCAUGUAACGUGGCAAAGUGUUUUCCCUACCAAUCUAGCAGACUUUCAAUAGGCUAUGGACUAGUUAAAUACAACAAAGUAGACACUGUGGGUCCUCCCUGGUAUUCAAAUCAAUUUCCUUGUCCUCAAACCCUGCCCAUUUUGGGUGGGGUGUCACUCUGUUUGGGUGGGGUGAUCUGGCUGCUGCUGUUGACAGUGGGGGUCCCCCACAUUUAAUUUUCCUCGGCCAAUAAGAAAAGUAACAAAUGGCAAAAUCACUAACCUAUGCAUAGGCUGUGUGUGAGUUUGGGGAAGCACAUUUUCACCAUAACAAUGCACCUUUAUAAUAAAGCAGUCCAUGCAUCAUUGUGUUUGCAGACCUAUGUAAGAUAGCCUACUAUUCAUACUGUGAUGAGUAGAUUGGAUAGUCAUGAUUUAGACUAACGCUUUUGCAAAAAAUACCGUUCAAUGCAUUGGUUUCAACUGCGGACUGGAUUAAACUGUUUCCUUAAACGAGUCAGACGAGAAGGAUAUCCUGCUUUCACUGGAACAGGCCCAGAUCCACACCUUUUGUGUGAAGAAAAUACGCAGGAAAAGGGGCCACAGAUGGGACAGCCUUCUGAGAAUCCGUAGAGUGUCCCAGUCUGCUCUGUGGUCAGGAUGGGGGUGAAGGAGCGUCCUCAGUGCUACUUUGAUGUGGAGAUCAACAGAGAACCAGUUGGACGUAUAGUCUAUCAACUGUUCUCCGAUGUCUGUCCCAAGACUAGCAAAAACUUCCUCAGUUUGUGCACUGGUGAGAGAGGAACUGGGAAAAGCACAGGGAAAAAGCUGUGUUUUAAAGGCUCCACAUUUCACAGAGUUGUAAAGAACUUCAUGAUACAGGGAGGAGACUUCACCGAGGGCAAUGGAAGAGGAGGGGAAUCCAUAUAUGGAGGCUACUUUGAAGACGAGAACUUUAUUCUCAAACACGACCGAGCUUUCCUGUUGUCCAUGGCCAACCGCGGCAAACACACCAACGGGUCCCAAUUCUUCAUAACCACCAAGACAGCACCUCAUCUCGAUGGGGUCCAUGUGGUGUUUGGCCUGGUCAUCUCAGGCUUUGAGGUGAUCAAGAGGAUUGAGGGUCUGAAGACGGACGGAGCCAGCAGGCCGUAUGCUGAUGUUAGGGUUAUGGACUGUGGUCAGCUCAUCACUAAGUCAGCCAACGAUGUUCUGGAAGGAAAGAGGAAGCGGCGGUCGCAUUCUGCAGACUCCUCCCUCAGUUCUCCUGGCUCCUCUCAGUUCUCCUCUCUGGAGUCUGGGAGUGAAUCUGAGGAGAAGCACCACCACCACAGGCGAAAGAGACACUCCAAGAGCAAACGCUCCAAGAAGAGGAGGAGAGAGAGGGAGGUGAAGAGAGAGGGUCACACUGACAGGGUGGAGCCUGGUCUAAAGGGCCCUGUGGAUGGAGGGAUGGUGGCGGUAGCUGUGGAGGAGGAGGGUGGAGGGAAGGAGCAGAGUGGUUUGAAGAGAGAGAAACCAGUAGUUCGUCCAGAGGAGAUCCCUCCUGUUCCUGAGAACCGCUUCCUAUUGAGGAGAGACCAGCCGGGUCAGGAGGACCAACCAGACACAACUAAGCCAGAGGUCUCCUCCCUUCCCAAUGACCUGAAGCAGUCAGUCACCAAGUCUGGACGCAAGAUCAAAGGCAGAGGGACAAUGAGGUACCACACCCCGACGUGCUCUAAGUCGCACUCGGCUUCGGAGGAGGAGGGACAUGGAAGCAGCGAAACUCCGCCCCACUGGAAGGAGGAAAUGCAGAGAACCAAGACCUACCAGCCACCCAGCGUAGAGAGAUGGAGCCGAGGAGACAAAUUGAAUGACCGUUGUUCCAGCAGAUGGGAGGGAGACCGCAGCAGGAGUGACUCCCCAUGGUCCCAGUCCCCGGAGUGCUCCUCAGGCCACAGCUCUGACCGCUCCAGCCAGCCCCGCCCACACAGGAAGGAGAAGAAGAAAGCCAAGCACAAGAAGGCCAAGAAACGCAAACAUGCCAAGAGACAAAAGAAGGAGUCCACCAAGAGCAAAGAGCCCAAACAAUCGCCCGUCCGAGAGGGUCAGGGGACAAAUCCUGGUGAUAUUGAGAGAAGGUCCCUCUCAGUGUCCCGGACCCCUUCCGCCCACAGACGCUCCCCCAGAAAGCAGUGCUCCGGGUCGGGCAAGCGGCAUCACUCCUCCCCUUCAUCCAGAGACUCCAGUUCCUACACACCUAGCCGCUCUAGAUCCAGGGGCAGGUCUGUGUCUUACUCCCAGUCCAGGAGUCUGUCUCACUCCAGAAGCAGGUCUCGAUCUAUGUCAAGGUCCACAUCCAGGUCUCGAUCCAGAUCCCGGUACAGAUCCAGGUCUUUGUCCCGGCUCAGGAGGAGAAAGGCAACCAGAUCCUCCAAGAAGUCCAAGAUGGCUGACGUCAGCAGGCUAAAGCCAGACGCCUCAGCCGCAGGGGCAGUGAAGGGUGUAGAGACCAAAGCCACAGCCCUCCCUGCCACCCCAGCCCCUGAGAACGCCCCUGUUAUACCCAUGAGUGACAGCCCCCCGCCCUCACGCUGGAAGCCCGGCCAGAAACCGUGGAAACCCUCCUACGUCCGAGUCCAGGAGGUGAAGACCAAAACGACUCCAGCCUGCCUGUCCCCCAUAGGCCCCACAGCUCCCAGUACAUCUGAUAACCACCCAGAUAACUCCCACCUGGAAAAGAGCCGUGGCUCUAAGAGCCACAGACACCAGAGACGAUCACCCAGUGGCUCCUACAGGAGCAGGUCCUACAGCCGGUCUCACAGUCACUCCAGGAGUCACUCCCGGUCCAGGAUACGGUCACCAGGUCCCUACUACAGCAGAUCCUCCUCCUACAGCAGGUCAGACUCCUAUGACUCUCACAGGAGAGGCCUAGACAAGACCUUAGACAAGACUAUAGACAAGGGCUGGAAACAGUACUACAGCUCUCUGAAGCGGAUCAAGAACCUGGAUAAGUACCUCAAAGCGCCUGACUCCCAGAUCAAUAUGUUUUCAUCUGACUCUGAGGACGGAACAGCCAGCGAACACAGUCCUGGGCCCAGGCAGAAUGGCUCCAAGGGACCAAAGCUCUUUGGCAUCUUAUCAGAAGACCGACGUCAUCAGGAAACGGAAGCAAAAAGUCUGAAACCAAACCAAAAGUCCUUGGAGGAACCCAGCAGUAGGUCAGAGUGGGACAGUGACGGGGAUAAACUAGGCAGAAAGACCAGCCUGGUGAACAACCAGAAGUCUGAUGUUAGGUCAGCAGAGAUUCCUGACCAGAGACUAGCAGCUCUCGCUGGGUGGGACUCUGAGAGCGACUCUGAGAAGGUGCUGCCCAAGAUGGCCACCACCGAUCCCAAGGUCUUCCUGUCAGAGAAGGAGGAGGGUGAGGCCAGCUCCGAGUCAGAACAUGAACACCAUGUACGGUCACACAGCAAGAUGAACAAAGCCCCUGGAACCUCUGUGUUGCUGCUUCCUGCACCUGUACAUAAUGCCACCCCAUUGGAGGGGAGCCCUGAGAAGGGCCCCGAGGCAGAGAGACAUAAGAGCAGGAAGAAGAACAAACGUAAACACAAACGCAAGAGGAGGAGCUCUGCCAAGUCUGGCUCCCACAGGUCAAAGGUCAAGUCAAAGCGGUCCAAGAGGAAACACCAGAAGCUGAAGGAGACAUUCCACUGGCAGCCGCCAAUGGAGUUUGGAGAGGAUGAGGAGGAGGAUGAGUCCCAGAAAGAGAAACGUCUGGAGCAAAAACAUACUGCUGUAAAGGAUAGUCCUCAGAGAGCUGUCAGGGGAAGACCUGGCAAAUCUCCAUGUCUGGAAAAGGAGGACAAGGAGAUAAGUCCUGCUUCACCCAACAGAAACAGUUCAGUACAGCCAAUGCCUCACAGCGUGGAAGAUGCAGCAGAGAUUACCAAAGAACUGAAAGCUAAACCAACGGCCAACUCGAACCCAAAACACUCAAAACCUCAGGGCCUCACUGCUAACCUGCCAAAGAUGGAUCAGCCAGAGAUGGUAGACGAUAUGGAGAUCUGCACCCCAGAACAUGACCCCACUACCGAGCCACCAGGCCUUCCGGGCCAACAGGCACCAGAUAUCAGUCUGAAUACACUGUCUCCUCUGAGUCGCUCCUUAAAGAAGGGAGACGUGUUUCUCUCACCUGUUAAAGAUCCACAGUGUACAGCAUCUCUGCCAGCUGUGAUGCUAGCUAGUGGGGAGCAGCAGGAAACUGCAGCAGGCAGAGCUGCUGGUCCUCCUGUCGACCCUAAAUGGAAGCCUCUAAAGGGGAUGGCUGCUCUGCAAGCCCUGAACCCAAACCCCUCCUCCCUGGCUCGUCUGCUCCCCACCAGACUCCCGGAGCACAGUGGGCCCCGGACCCAGCCCCAGGAAGGCAUCAGGCCCCAGGGCAGCAGGACCCAGAGCCAAGGCGGGAGGACCCAGGGGGGAGUCAGCAUCCAGAUCAAGAGCCAGAGCCGGGUGCGUCCGGGGUCGCUGUUCGACGAGGUACGGAAGACGGCCAGACUGAACCAGAGGCCCAGGAACCAGGACAGCAGUUCCAGUGAGGAGAGGUCUCAGUCUGCAGCUGGAGCCGUGGGAGGGGCCACGGAGGAGGAGCGGGGAAGCAGGAGGUCCCGGUCGGGGUCUAGCCCCUCCCACAGGUCCAGAGGAAGAUCCCCCUCCUCCAGCCGCUCCAGGAAUAGAUCGCGCUCCUCCAGCUACUCCUCCAGGAGUCGGAGCAGGAGCAGGAGGAGGUAUCCCAGAGGGCGCUCCCAGUCCCGCAGCAUCACCUACCGCAGCUACAACAGUCAUAGUCGGACCUAUAGUAGAAGUAAUUCCAGAAGCCGUUCUUAUGAUCGACGCAGGAGAUCCAGGUCUGACUCCUAUGACACUUACUCCAGUCGGAGUCGUAGCCGCAGCUCCAGCAGGAGGCAUGGGAGAAGGAGUGAUAGCUACAGGAGCUCCAGGUCUUACCACUCCUCUAGUCGCAGCUCCUCCCGACACUGGAGUCACAGUGGAAGAUACAGUUGAGCUGGAUCAUGUCUGUUACCGUCUCUGUCCUGAUGACUCAUGAGUCUGUUUCUGUCCUGAUGAUUCAUGAGUCUGUUUCUGUCCUGAUGACUCAUGAGUGUCUCUGUACUGAUGAUUUAUGAGUGUCUUGGUCCUGAUGAUUUAUGAGUGUCUUGGUCCUGAUGAUUCAUGAGUCGGUUUCUGUCCUGAUGCUUCAUAUGGGUUGCUCUGGUUCAGGAGUCAGUUUCUGUCCUGGUGAUUCCUGUGGGUCUAUACAGCUAUCAUGCCUACUCCCUGUCACUCAGUGUAAUAUCGAACUGGACAAGAGUACAAACAGAUCUGGGACCAGGCAUGCCUUUUGUUCUCUCAUCUUCUAUUGGGAACUUAUUUGGUUACUUCUUAUAUAGAGGGAAAAGUAAUGACCUGUAUGUCAUUUGUGUGGCUAUCAGAAAGCAUUCAUAACCCUUGACUUAUUCCACAUUUUGUUAGAACCUGAAUUCAAAAUGGAUUAAUUAUCUAUUUUCUCUCACACAUCUGCACACAAAACCCUCUGACAAAGUGAAAACAUGUUUUUAGACAUUCUUGCUAAUUAAUUGAAAGUUAAAUAGAGAAAUAUCUCCUUUAUGUAAGUAUUCAUUAUUUAUUUAUUUUUUUACAUUUAUUUAACUAGGCAAGUCAGUUAAGAACAAAUUCUUAUUUUCAAUGACGGCCUAGGAACAGUGGGUUAACUGCCUGUUCAGGGGCAGAA